GGCCGCUGCCCUGGACCAGGGAGAGACCGAACCUGAGCCUGAACCCGAGCCCCAGCCGAACUUGCCACAGAGUAUCAGCAUGCUGCGCCGCCUGGUGCCCCGGCUGCUUCACCUCCAUGGCAGGACGGCCACAUACUCCUCUGCAGCAGCCCUGCCAAACCCCAUCCCGAACCCAGACAUCCGCUACAAUCAGCUGUUCAUCAACAACGAGUGGCAAGAUGCCGUCAGCAAGAAGACCUUCCCAACGGUCAACCCGUCCACUGGGGAGGUCAUCGGCCAUGUGGCCGAAGGGGACCGAGCUGAUGUGGAUCGGGCUGUGAAAGCUGCCCGGGAGGCCUUCCGCCUGGGGUCCCCGUGGCGCCGAAUGGAUGCCUCUGAGCGGGGCCGGCUGUUGAACCGCCUGGCUGACCUAGUGGAGCGGGAUCGUGUAUACUUGGCCUCCCUGGAGACCUUGGACAAUGGGAAGCCUUUCCAAGAGUCUUAUGUCUUAGACCUGGAUGAGGUCAUCAAGGUGUACCGCUACUUUGCUGGCUGGGCUGACAAGUGGCAUGGCAAGACCAUCCCCAUGGAUGGUGAGCAUUUCUGCUUCACCCGGCAUGAGCCGGUUGGUGUCUGUGGCCAGAUAAUCCCGUGGAACUUCCCCUUGGUCAUGCAGGGCUGGAAGCUCGCCCCGGCACUUGCCACAGGCAACACUGUGGUCAUGAAGGUGGCGGAGCAGACCCCCCUUUCUGCCCUGUACUUGGCCUCCCUCAUCAAGGAGGCAGGCUUCCCCCCAGGGGUGGUGAACAUCAUCACGGGCUAUGGCCCAACUGCAGGAGCAGCCAUUGCCCAGCACAUGGACAUUGACAAAGUUGCCUUCACCGGCUCCACUGAAGUGGGCCACUUGAUCCAGAAGGCCGCUGGCGACUCCAACCUCAAGAGAGUCACCUUGGAGCUUGGAGGCAAGAGCCCCAGCAUUGUGUUGGCUGACGCUGACAUGGGCCACGCCGUGGAACAGUGCCACGAAGCCCUCUUCUUCAACAUGGGCCAGUGCUGCUGUGCUGGGUCCCGGACCUUUGUUGAAGAAUCCAUCUAUGAUGAGUUUCUUGAGAGAACCGUGGAGAAAGCUAAGCAGAGGAAAGUAGGGAAUCCCUUUCAGCUGGACACCCAGCAGGGCCCACAGGUGGACAAAGAACAGUUUGAAAAAAUCCUUGGGUAUAUCCAGCUUGGCCAGAAAGAAGGGGCAAAACUUCUCUGUGGCGGGGAGCGUUUUGGGGAGCGUGGUUUCUUCAUCAAGCCUACAGUCUUUGGUGGUGUGCAGGAUGACAUGAGGAUUGCCAAAGAGGAGAUCUUCGGGCCCGUGCAGCCUCUGUUCAAGUUCAAGAAGAUUGAGGAGGUGAUUGAGAGGGCCAACAACACCAGGUAUGGCUUGGCCGCUGCUGUGUUCACCAGGGACCUGGACAAGGCUAUGUACUUCACCCAGGCACUCCAAGCUGGGACUGUAUGGGUAAACACCUAUAAUAUUGUCACCUGCCACACACCAUUUGGAGGCUUUAAGGAAUCUGGCAAUGGGAGGGAACUGGGGGAGGAUGGUCUUAAGGCCUAUACAGAGGUGAAGACGGUCACCGUCAAGGUUCCUCAGAAGAACUCCUAAGAAUAGCUGGUGCAGAAGCCCAACCUCAGUCUGGGGAUUCCACAACCACCUAGAUCAAUUCCACAACCACUUUCUUUGACCAUGGAUCCCUUUUAUUUCUUCUAAAUGAAUUCUUAGCAGGAACCCCAACAAAUAAAGUAAUUCAAUCAGAGCUGUUCUAUUUGAAGCAGGGAAGAAGGCUGGGCUCAAAGUCCUACCCACCUGCUCCCCAGCCUUAGCCCUCUUGCUGGCCUGUCAGUUGCUUCCAUGGAACUUUAGGAGUCUCUGGAAGACAGAUUAAAAACCAGGGAUCUAAACAAUAGUUUUUAGUUCUUCCUACUGAUCCAAGGACUUUCCAUUGGGCGAACUUGAUGGUUGAGCAGCUGGACUCAACUCAGAAGACUGGAAGGCAUCAGGAGUUUUGAACUAGGUGGACACCAAAUCCGGGCCCCAUUCUUCAUUGACUUACUCUGAAAACCCGGGUGCUUUUUCUUUUCUAAGUACCAGCCUGGCUGUUUUCUUUGUAGCCCUUCAUUUUACUACUGAUUUUCCUUAACUUGAAAGAAGAAGUAGGCAAAGAAUAUGUUUACAUGAUCAUACCUUUAAAUAAAACCUAGACACCCCAAAUGUCCAUCAACUGAUAAUUGGAUAAAAUAUUCCAUGGAAUGUAUUUCCAGUGGACUAUUCAGCCAUAAAAAGGAAUGAAGUACUGACACACAUCGCAUGAGGGAACCUUGAAAACAUUCUAAGUGAAAGAAUGUUUCAGCCAGACAUACCAGGCCUACAGAUUGUGUGAUUCCAUUUUUUAUGACAUCUCCAGACUAGGUAAAUCCAUAGAGACAGAAAGUAGAUGAGUGGUUGCCAGGGGCUGGGAGAGGAACUGCUAAUGAGUGUGGGAUUUCUUCCUGGGAGUUUUUGAAAAUGUUCUGGAAUUGAACAGUGGUGAUGGUCGCAUAGCUUUGUGACUACACUAAAAACUAUGGAAUUGUUUAAUCAUGGUAUGUGAAUUAAGUUCAUUUAAAAGCAAAAAUAAACUCAUUCAUUAUGUUAGUAA